CGCUCUGUGUUGUUGUUCAGGAACGUGUCGCGUCUUCGUGCUCGCAGUUCUCUGAACAUUAAAGAAGCUUUUCUCCGGGUGUCUCCGACAUGUCGGGGCUCCAGAGUCUGAAGGUGUUCGUCCAGCAGCGGCUGGCUGCGGCUGUGGAGGAGAUAUUCGGCCACUUUGAGAGAACAAUCACCGAGUAUGAAGAGGAGCUGGGCCGCCGCCACCGGAACCUGCUGGAUGUGGGUUUGAAGCGGCCUGAGAGAAAACUGCGGAGAGCAGACAUAGAGCAGCUGCUGGGGAGCAAGGAAGAGGUUCAGGGGUGGAGCCUCAGUCUGGACCAGGAGGACCCACAGCUUCCACACAUUAAAGAGGAACAGGAGGAACUCUGGACCAGACAGCAGGGAGACCAGCUUCCAGGACUGGAGGAGGCUGAUAUCACCAAGUUCCCAUUCACUCCUGUCCCUGUGAAGAGUGAAGAAGAUGAUGAAGAAGAGAAACCUCAGUCCUCACAGCUUCAUCAGAGCCAGACUGAACCGAUGGAAGCUGAUGGAGAGGACUGUGGAGGAUGUGGUGGUGACUGGGAUGAAACCAGAGAACCUAAGUCAGGUUUAAACUCAAACAAUGAAGUCUCUAAAAGUGAGACGAGUUGUAACAUUCGCAAGAAACUACUCACCUGCUCUGAGUGUGGGAAACUAUUUAGUUUCAGAGGAAAUCUAAAAAGACACAUUAGAAUACACACGGGAGAGAAACCAUUUAGCUGCUCUGAGUGUGGCAGAAGAUUCAACUUGAAGGUGAAUUUGAAGUUUCACAUGAGAACCCACACAGAAGAGAAACCAUUCAGUUGCAUAGUUUGUGGUCGAGGAUUUGCACAAGGACGCUAUUUGAGUCAACACAUGGCGGUCCACUCAGAGGAGAAAAGAUUCAAGUGCAGUCUCUGCGACAAAGGGUUCACUUGGAGUUAUCAGGUCAGAACCCACAAGUGCGUUGGUCCUCAGUCCUCACAGCUUCAUCCAAACCAAACUGAAGCUAAUGGAGAGGACUGUGGAGGACCAGAACCAGCCAGGAACUCUGAUCCAGAUCGACUUUUACAACCUGAGACUGAAGACUCUUCUGAACCCGAGACUGAAGUCAGCGACGUUGACUGGGAGGAGGACAGAGAAUCGGGUGUAAACACACAACGCUGUCAUGCAGGAGAGAAACCUUUCAGCUGCUCAGUUUGUGACAAAACGUUCAUUUUGUUAAAACACCUCAAAACCCACAAGUGUGCUGGACGUCGGUCCUCACAGCUUCAAAGCCAAAGUGAGACAGAGCCUGUAGCCAGCAGCUCAGCUGAAAACGUGAAGAAAUCCUUCAGCUGCUCCGAGUGUGGUCGAGGAUUCGGCUGCAAGUCGUAUCUGAGGAGUCACAUGAGGAUUCACUCAGGAGAGGAACCAAUCAGUUGCUCAGUUUGUGGUAAAAGUUUUGUCCUGCGCUCACACUUAACUGAACACAUGAGGCGUCACACGGGAGAAAUGCCCUUUAGCUGCUCUGUUUGUAAGAAACGCUUCAGGUACAGCGGAAAUGUUUGGAGACACAUGAAAAUCCACACCGGAGAGAAAGCACUCGGCGGCAGUGUAAGUGACACAGUGUCAAAUCACACCCGCAGUAACACUAAGAGACGAUCAGAACCAGAUCCAGGUAGACCUUUACGACCAGGUACUGAAGACAAAACAUCAGACUGUUCCGAGACUGAAGUCAGUUUUGAUGGUCGCAAGAAGAGCCGGGAGCCUCAGUCAUGUUUAAACUCUGAAAAAUAAUCAAGUCGUGAGAUUUAAUCCUGGAAAGAAAUCGUUUAGUUGCUAAUUUUGUGAAUUUUAACCAAAAACCCAGAUGAAAUGCAGAGAAAUCAGUAAUGUGUUCUUUACCUGCUGCCCUCGCUCUAGAAACAAAACAGAACGCAGCUUUCUAUGAAGGCCCAUCUCAUGACUCUAAAUCAUACUCGAUCAAUCACUGAAUGUUCUUUUCAAUAAUGUAGAUAUAAAUGGUGUAAAUCAUUAGUGUUAGUGUGGCAGUUGUGUGCUCUCUCUUUCUUAGCGUAAUGAAUCAGGCACAAGCCGUCACAGCCGUUUAUAAUGACCGACUGAUACUGGCUUUCUCUUUAUUAUCUGAAAUAGGGGUGAACUAAUAAUACAUUUACAAUAACAAUGUAAGACAGUCAGCCUGUUGGUUUAACCUGAACUACUUACAAACGACUGUACAUGUGGAGAUGUGCACUUUACUUCGAUCUGUAUGUAGCGCACAGUACAGUUAGUGAAAUGGUUAGUGGGCACAUUUUCACCUGAAGGUUAAUGUUGGUACUCGCCUCAGAAACCCAGAUGACACCUGAUGCAUCUAAAACCUGUUCAGAUUGAGAGACUUUUUACACUGCAGGACAUUUCAAAACAAAUUCAACAGUAAAUACUUUCAACACUUUCAAGUGCAGGUGUGACGUUUUUAAAUAUAUAUUUAUUUAAGAUAUUAUCAACAUGAUGUGGACUUCGGUGGCGUCCUGGAUCACUGUAAUGCUCUGGAGCCUUGUUGUUACCCGUUUGGGGUUGCGGUCCAGCCAAUGGUUCCACAGUAUCAGGUGGUGAUAAUGUGUCAACAAAGACACUAAAGGUUCAGACCAAACACAAAGUGAACUUUCAGCUUGUGUUACGCAAAUACAGUUGUGUGUUUUUUGGAGUAUUUUGCAGCCUGCGAAUAUUCACCCUUGGCAGCCAAUGGGAAUACUCUUUCUGGAAAGGAGGAGGGGCUUUCCUCCAUGGAUACCGCAUAACUUAGCCUUGUUUAUUUCCGUCAACCUUUUGUGGAAGUCCCACAGCAUCAUCUGGAGGCCUCACCGCUCUGAGUUUCACUGCGGGAUCUGCGUGAGGCGGAGCAGCGCCCGGCGUGAUGGCCUGCUGCCUGGGACGCGCCAGGAUUUCACGGAUGGACACCAACUACAGGCGUUCUGCCUCAGCUGCAGAGCGCCUGUGCAUCUGUCUCCGGUGAUUGAUGAAGUGAUGGUGGGACUUUUUCCUCAAGCCCUCCAACUGCCUGCUGACCUGCCACUAUGCCAGCAGCUGAUUACCGAGGACCCCAGCCACACGUCUUUGUUGCUGAUGAGGCCUUUCCACUCAGGAAAACCAAUCAGGCCAUUUCCUGGGCCCAACCUGCCAAGAGAGCACCGGAUCUUCAACCACCCUCUGUCCUCAGGCGUGCCAUGGAGGUCCAUCAAGCACUGUGUGAAGGCAACUUGUGUUCUCCGUAACUUUCCAGUUGGCGAGGUGGGACAACUGCCAGGUCAGCGAAGACUGGCUGCCAACAACUCAGCGAGUGUCUCUUCUGAAUGAGAUGUCUCGUGACAAAACACUGUGUUGUCCACAAGCGGCUCUUUUAGGAGCCGUUUAAGCAAUAUUAUAUUGUGUAUCAGUCGCUGAAAAGUGUUACAAACGUGAAUAGAUUGAAAAAAAAUAAUACUUUUAUUGACACAGUAGGAAAGUAAAAAGCAAAAUCUCCGUCCUUCAUUAGGGGUGGGAAUCACAGGGUACCUCACGAUACGAUAAUUUAUCACGAUACAGCUGCGAUAAUCGAUAUGUUGCUAUCCUAAAGUGAUCAUCACAAUAUCUAACUAUGAAUAGAAAAUGCCCGUCAAAAGGUUUUCUCUAUUUCUCUGCUGAAAAUCCUAACUGUUAGAAAACAGCACAAUUCUGCAGCAGGUUUUUCUGUCUGUAAAUUAAAAUCACAGAAUUUAGAGCAACUGUGGAAAAAUGAACAUAAUCAACAUUUCUUUAUAAAAUGCACAUCAAAAUGCAAAUAAACUGAAUUUACUGAA